AUGUCGAACGCCAGUCCUAAUGUGGCAGCCGCCACAGCGCCUGCCAGACCUGCGACGCCGGUAACGAACGGAACCCCGGGUGCUCCGGCACCCGACGCGACCCCGGCCGGCGGACAUGUCUCCAAUGGCCAUGACAAUCGCCCUGCCCCGGCUCCGCCCGCAAAUGUUUCCGGAAAGAAGGGGAAACAGAAAAAGGCUCCAGAGCCGAACGAAGCGUCCAAGCUUAUAGCGCAAAGGAUCUCGCAGUUAGAACUCGAUGCUGCCGGAGAGAAGGAUCAGGAAGCCGAGAUUGAGCGGGAGGUUAAGAAGGCGAAUAGGGAGCUACAUAGCCAAACCUCGCGGAUGAGCGACAUCCAGAAGAUUGAGCAUCUUACCAAACGAUGUUCCGACCUGCUGUCCGAGAUGAAGCGGCAUGAGCGCGAAAGCAUUAAGAACAAGAAGCGCGGCGACCAGUUACAGAAGGAUAAAGAUAACAGCAGGAACGAGCUGAACAAGACCACGUCUCUGAAGGAAAAGCUGGAGAAGCUGUGCCGGGAACUCCAGAAGGAGAACAACAAGUUGAAGAAUGAGAAUAAGACGCUCUCCGACACUCAGAUUAGGAGCCAGAAUACCUGGGACGAACGGUUUUCCGGUCUUCUUAGGCGGAUGGACGAGUACCAAGAAGAAAAGGACAACCCGCGCAGACAGGUCAUCGACAUGGAGGUUGAGGAGGUGUUCGCGCAGCGUUUCAAGUCCUUCAUCGACCAGUACGAACUUAGGGAGCUCCAUUUCCAUUCGCAGAUGCGAACGAAGGAACUUGAGGUACAGUACAACCUGGCCCGGUACGAGCGCGAGAAGAAGAACUACGAGGCCGAACUUGCGCGCUCGAAACAGUUGAACGCACAGGUGCAGACCUUUUCCAAAACGGAGGCGGAGUUGAGGCAACAGCUCAAUGUAUAUGUGGACAAGUUCAAACAGGUCGAGGACACUCUCAACAAUAGUAACGAUCUGUUCCUCACGUUUCGCAAGGAGAUGGAGGACAUGUCCAAGAAAUCCAAGCGUUUGGAGCGCGAGAACGAAAAUCUGAAAAGGAAGCACGAGCAGGUGAACGGGAAUAUUCUCAAAAUGGCCGAGGAGCGGAACAAAAACCUGGCCGAGAUUGAGGAUCUGAAGAAGAAGCUGGAGAAGCUGAACGGCAUCAUCAAACAGAUGCAGCAACAGGGUCGCGGCAUCCCGCAGGGAUUGACGGGGACGGUGGAGAAUGGGUACGCCGAGGGGGAUCUGGACGGAGACGAGAGCGAGUACGAGGAUGACGAGUACGACGAAGGCGAGGACGAAGAGGUAAGCGACGAGGCCGACGAGUAUGACGAUGAGACGGAAGACGAGCUCCAUCAUCAGCAGCAACCGCAGCCGUACGGACCUGAACGCCCUCCCGUCCCGGCAGCAGCAGUUGCGACAAACGGUCACCGCUAG